GAGGGCAGAGCCCUGCAGUACCCUCUUUCUCCCAGGAGAGCAUCUGUCUCAAGAGACAGCAUCUCUCUCAGGGACCUCAGCGGCAGAGGAAGUAGCCGACGUGGAAGAUGUGGAAAAGGAAGAAGUUCACCAACUUGCAGCCACGCAAGUGGCUGUCGAGCUGUCAGAGGAAGCACAAGGUGGACAACUGGCAGACGCAGGCAGCAGCGCAGGAAGAGGAGAACAGCACCUCUUCUGCUGCAAUGGCUGAGCAGGUAAGAGCGGCAGGGGCAGAGAGCCAGGCAGCUGCCCCACACAGCCCCAGAGGCUGCGGCCGCGCUGUGCUGGACACACUGCAGCGCGUGGCACGCGCCACCUGGCGCAGGCUUGCGGUUGGGAUCUGGCGACGUGACCAGAAGCCGGAGCCACAGAGGGAGGUAAAACCAGGUAUGGAGGUAGUGACAGCAGGAACAUCCACAGCAGCAGGGUCAGAGAGGCAGGACUCUGUCCUGCAAAGCCCCUGCUGUCCCCCCAGCCCCUUCCCAAGCCAUCCAGAAGCCCUCAGUGGGCAGUGGGCUGGGGCAGCAGCAGGGGCAGUGCUGCCAGCGGCAGAGAUCGAGGAUGAGGCCUUGUCCGAGGACGAGAGUCUCUGGCAUAUUUCCAGCCUCUUAGAGCUGUCAACGGGGGAUGAAAGCACAGAGGAAAGCUGGAGUAGUGGGCAAGAAUGUAGCUCAGCAUCCCUCCCGUGCCAGGCAUGGGCAGAGCCCAGGAACUCUCAAGCAGACACAACCACAGUCCAUGGCCCAGGUGUCACUAUCACAAGCUCUUACGCCAGGGCAAAGACCCCCACUCCGGACGAGUUUCCAGACCGCUGCACCCUCAGCCCCUUGCCAAGUGACCUGGAAGCUCUCAGUGGGCAGUGGGCAGGGACAGCAGCCAAGGCCGUCCUCCCAGUGGCACCGACUGAGGAUGGGGCCUGGUCUGAGGAGCUCUCAGACAUCUGCAGCCUCCUAGAGCUGCCCCAAGAAGAAUGCAGCGGAGACCAAAGCUGGAGGAGUAGAGAAAAGAGGCUCCCCGUGCCCAUGCCACGUGAGGCAUGGUCAGAGCCCUGGGACCUUCAAGCGCCCACACGGACAGCCUGUGCCCCAGUUCGCCCAUGCCUCACCAGCCCUUACAUCAGGCCACAGGCCCCGAGCCCGGACGCCUGCCCCCACAGCCCCUCACCAAGCCAGCUGUCAGCUCUCAGUGGGCAGUGGGCAGGGCUCCCAGAGGUCUCCAGAGAGUCCCGCGGGGAAGAAAACACACACCAACCACUGUCCCAGCAAGAAGACAGCCACAACAAGGAGCUGGCAGAGAAGAAAGGGGAAGUCAUCAAAAUCUACACCAUCUGGGUCAAACCCUCCCUCAUACCGGUCCUGCUGGAGCCUCAGCCUGCUGGCCAGGAAGGGCCCAAAUGUCCCUGCAUCAUCUGCGCAAGGGCGGCAGAAGAGGCAGUCGGGGACCUGCACAGCACAUCUCCUGCCCCGGCAGGUCCCAGGCACCACCAGCCAACAGCUACUGCCCUGCAGCGCCCCAGAGGCUGCUGCCCCGCCAUGCUGGACACGCUGCAGCGCAUGGCACGUGCCACCCUGAGCAGGAUUGCAGCUGUGAUCUGGCGACGGGGCCAGCAGCGGGGAGAACAGCAGCACCCAGCUCAAGGCCUGGACGCAGCCAUGCUGGCAACAGCCCCAGCAGCAGGGGCAGAGAGCCAGGCAGCUGCCCUGCACAGCCCCUGCUGCCCCGCCAGCCCCUCGCCCAGCCAGCUGGAAGCUCGCAGUGGGCAGUGGGCAGGGGCAGCAACGGAGACAGUCCUGCCCCUGCCACAGACCGAGGAGGGGGCCUGGUCAGAGGACAAGAGUCUCUGGGACAACUCCAGCCUCUUAGAGCGGUGCCAAGGGCACGAAAACACAGCCCAAAGCUGGAGUACUGGGGGAGCAACUAGCUCUGUGUCCUUCCCAUCUGAGGCAUGGGCAGAGCCCUGGGACUAUUCAUCAGGCACAUCCACCUCCACCUCUACAGACUGAGCUGCUGGGCGCAGUCUCGGAUGUGCCCUUACCACCUGCAGCUGCACUUGAAGGAAGAAGGACUUUUUCCAACGAGACACAGCUCAAAGAAGAACUCCCAGGAACAGCAGGCCAUCAGAGGGGGCCACUUGCAGGGAGGAUGACUUGCUGGCGUGGGACAGACAGUCUUUUGAGCAUUGGCAAGUCAAACCCUCACCAAUAGCUGUCUCAGCACAGCGGCCCUCUCUCUUCAGGGAGGUGCUCCGUGCUCUGCGCAGGGCAUUCCGCUGUCCCUGCCUGGCGAGACGGGAUGGCGGCUCCCAGGGUGUGGUGGUGACCGCACUGACAUCCACCUGAUGGCCGGUCACCAGUGGUGUCACCCAGGGCUCAGUGUUGGGGCCAGUCCCGCUGGUCUGUUGGUUUGGAUUGCCCUUUUCCCGGUCAGCGAGGACUUCACCUGACUGCCACCACUUUCCAAAACCAUGGAGAGUGGCCUAGCAACUUCGUCUGCCAGCUCCCUCAGGACCUGUGGAUGAAC